AUGUGCUCCCCGAGGAACCGCGGAGGAGACACGGUGCUGCACGUAGCGGCGAGCAGGGCGCUCAAACACGGAGAAGCUGCUGAUGAUUUUCUCCCUGUUGAUGAGGAUGAUGAAGGGUUUGGAGACCGGGCUGAUCGUAUCAAAAAAGAAUACUUUGAAAAGAAACACGCUGAAGCUCAAAGACUUGCAUCGUUUUCGAGAUUGAAAAAGUUGAAAAGGCGAGAACAGGAAAAGGAAAGCCAUAAGGAGCUGCAUGAACGACUGCAAAGAGCAGCACGUAAAGAUGAAGAAACUCUGCAGGGAAGGAAACGUCAGUAUGAUGAGAAGUGUGCUGCUACUUUUAAUGGUUCUUCCUCAUCAGAGAACACAAAGCUGAGCUACAGUGACAUCCCCUGGCCAGCUCCGAGAGGCACAGUUCAGGAGAUGGUGGAUGUGAUGCUGCACGGCCUGGAUCGAAAAUAUGUGUGGUUGUUUCGCAAAGCUCUAAGGAAGCAGCAAGUGCUUUGGCAUCCAGAUAAAUUUGCCCAACGUUGUGAAGCUCGGUUAUUGGAGAAGGACAAACGGCACAUCCUGGACACAGUCACAGCUCUGUCUCAGGAGCUUAACAAACUGGCUCAGAAGUGUCGGGCCACAGCCCUGUGUUGAACAUGGAAAGACUUAAUUUAGAUUCUGAGGUCUAGGUCUGAGGCCCAGCAUAGUUAACAUAUUUAACUAGUUUAGUUUUACGUUGUGAGCCAGACAGCUGAUCCCGUCAAAACUGUGUUUAUUACCUAAGUGUGUUUGUUUAUUUUACUGUUUGUCUACUGUUGCAUCCACGUUGCUGGAUCUUGAUGACAUGUUCUUCCUCUCCUACUAACCCAUUUAUUCCAAGUGUUGUUUCACUAUCUUUUAACACUUGUGUAAACAAAUUCUGAUUCAUUUGAAUUAGAGAUGUUGUCAUACAUUUCUUUAGAAUAAUCUGAUUCUGAUUAACUAUUUCCAAGAAAUUCAUCUAGAGUGUGGUUCUUGGUUCUUAAAA